GAAAGGAGGAAAGGAAGCCUUUAUAUUUUCAAACUGCUUUGAUAAAGAAGAAGAAGGAGAAGAAGAAGAAGACAACAAAGACGCGUGCGUGCGUACGAUCACCGCAAACUACUUCCUCUUCAUUUCGGGCGUGAAGAAUGUCGACAACCCGUAGGAUCCGGGGCGAGAAUCGGUUCUACAACCCUCCCCCGAUCAGGAAACUGCAACAGGAGCGCGAGAAGAAGAGACUCGAAGAAGAGAAGGCCAAGGAGAUACUCGAUCGACACAAGGAGAAGCAACCUUUAUCCGCUCCUCCUGAUGAGUGCUCCACAUCCGAUUGCUCUGUCCCGGGUCGGGUCGGGUCCAAUUUGGGGCGGUUUCUCGAUUGCACCACUCCCCUUGUUCAAACCCAAUACUUGCCUAUGACAAGCACCAAGGGUUGGAGAACUCGUGGACCAGAGUACUGUCGUUACUUCUUGCUGAAUGAUUUGUGGGAUUCAUUUGAGGAGUGGAGUGCUUACGGUGUUGGGGUUCCUCUUCUCUUGAAUGGGAUUGAUUCUGUUGUUCAGUAUUAUGUUCCUUAUCUCUCUGGGAUUCAGCUUUAUGAGGACCCAUCAAGAAGAGCCUCUGCAAAUAGAAGGAGGGCUGGGGAAGAAAGUGAUGGUGAUUCGCCUAGAGGCAUGAGUAGCGAUGACUGCAGAGACAUUACUCAAAACUUGUACAGAGUCUCUUUGGAGGAGAAACCAUGCGUUGGAUCUUCGAGUGAUGAGAGUGAAGACACUCCUGGUGACCUCGUCUUUGAGUAUCUUGAGGCUGCCAUGCCAUUUGGCCGUGAACCAUUGUCAGACAAGAUCUCAAACCUGUCAUCACAGUUUCCAGCACUCAGAACAUAUAGGAGCUGUGAUCUAUCGCCUUCUAGUUGGGUAUCUGUUGCUUGGUACCCGAUAUACCGAAUACCAUUAGGUCAAUCGUUACAAAACCUCGACGCAUGCUUUUUAACUUUCCACUCCUUAUCAACACCCUCUCGAGGUACGACAAGCAAUGAGAACGGUCAAAGCUCAAGCAAAUCGGUUGCACCAUCGAAGCUUACGUUGCCCACUUUUGGUCUGGCAUCUUACAAGUUUAAGCCGUCGGUGUGGAGCCCAGAAAGCGACGUGGAAGAGAACCAGAGAGUCGUGGCUUUGCUACGAGAAGCUGAAGAGUGGCUGAGGCGGUUGAAGGUUAUGUUACCGGACUUUAGACACUUCGUAUCGCGUAGUGGUGGUUCGGCUUGGAGAUGAUAACUUGUUAAGUCAUUUCUAAAGAAAUCUGAACUAAUUAAAUAAUGUGUGAUGAUUCUUAUUGUUCAGAUACUUUUGAAGGUGACAUGAGAGUUUGUACAGACAGUGAUACUACAUUUGUUAUGUUACUGUGGAG